AUGUUCUCAAAGGCCCUCUCUGCUGCCGCGGUGGCACUCACCGCUUCCAGUCUGGUCUCUGCCCAAACCUUUACACAGUGCAACCCCCUCAAGAAGACUUGCCCUGCUGAUCCCGCCUUUGGCACGACUGUCAACUGCGACUUCACCCAGGGGCUGUGUGAUGCCUUCAAGCAGGCGGAUGGCACCAACCUGGACAAAGGCGACAAGGGUGUUGUCUUCAGCAUCAAGUCCGAGUCAAACGCCCCCACCAUUUCCACUGGCAAGUACAUCUUCUUCGGCAAGGUCGAGGUAGUUCUUCAAGCCGCUCCCGGUAACGGCAUCGUUACCUCGUCCGUCUUGCAGUCGGACGACCUAGAUGAGAUCGACUGGGAGGUUAUUGGAAGCGACACCACCCAAGUCCAGUCCAACUACUUCAGCAAAGGUGACACCUCCACCUACAACCGCGGUGGCUUCCACCCCGUCAGCAACCCUGCCUCCUCCUUCCACACCUACACCAUCGAGUGGACCUCCAAGGCUGUCAACUGGAUGAUUGACGGCAAGGUUGUUCGCACCCUUUCCGCCGACGCCGUCAAGGACAAGUACCCCCAGAGCCCCAUGCAGGUCAAGCUGGGUACCUGGUGCGCCGGCGGCAAGAACUCUCCCCAGGGCACUCGCGAGUGGGCUGGCGGCUACACCGACUUCUCCCAGGCUCCCUUCAACGCCUACUACAAGAGCAUCAGCAUCGUCGACUACGCGGGCAAGGACAGCCCUGCCAACGGCGGCGUCAAGGAGUACAUUUACGGCGACAACUCUGGCAGCUGGCAGAGCAUCAAGGUCGUCGGCGGCUCCGGCAGCUCUGCUUCCUCGUCUGCCGCCGCCUCGUCUUCUGCUCCUGCUGCCUCGUCUUCUUCUGCCGCCGCCUCGUCUUCUGCUGCUGCUGCCUCGUCGUCUGCUGCCUCCGCUUCUUCUUCUGCUGCCGCUUCUUCUUCUUCUGCCGCCGCUUCUUCUUCUUCUUCUUCUGCCGCUGCCGCCUCCUCCGCCUCCUCCGCCUCCGGCAAGGGUACCACCGCCAGCGCCUCUGCCGGCGGCGUCAGCACCACCCUGACGCCCGUCGUCACCUCGAGCGCUCCCGCCGAUGCUUCCACCACCGCCAGCGCCACCGGGAAGCCCACCGCCAGCGUCGUCCCCGGCGCUGCUUCUCGGGGUUCUGUCGCCGCGGCCGGAGUCUUGAUGGCCGCCGGCGCCCUGGCUCUGGCCCAGCUCCUGUAA